AUGAGCCACUCACCCUCGCCAUCUAAUGUCCUCCUGGACUCGGUAGUAGGGGCUAUAAACAGCGUCUCUUCGUUCCUAGCGGACGACCAGAUACGCGAUGGCGCGGAUCUGUCCAGUCUCUUCUAUCCGAUGGCAGACCCAGAUACAGACGCUCAGAGAGCCGACUCCGAAACCCCUCCAACCGAUGUCGUUGUGCUUUGCGCUUCUGCCGUUUUGUACACAGCUGAGGUUGUCUUCACCACUAUCCAUAACCUUCCAAAAACAAGAGGUAUGGGCCGAGGACGUCGCGAUCGAAAGCAACUAACUGACGCUCAACGCAAUGAAGCGAGAACAUACCCAGCCGGCACGACAAUAAAGCCGUGCCUUGUGCUUGUUAUCUGCGGUGGUAUCGGGCAUUCCACCCGCUAUAUGCACGAGGCUGUCUCGCGACAUCCGAAAUACAAGCAAAUCGCCCAAGGUCUACAAGAUAAGGCAGAAGCUGAUGUCCUGCGAGCGAUUGGCGAACGAUUCUUUGGGCUCGACUGCGACACCCAGGAUAGCUUCACGGUCUUGGUCGAGAACAAGUCAACGAAUUGUGGAGCGAAUGCAUCGAUGACGCGGAAAUUGCUGGAGUCCCAGGGCGUUCACUCACCUCGUUCAAUCGUCGUGGCCCAAGACCCUACAAUGUGCCGACGGACGAGGGCAAGCUUCGAAAAAGUGUAUGAGGAUCAUAAAGCAAGCCGCCCUCACAUUGUGAGCUGGCCGACAUUUGUACCGCAGGUCAAGCUGGCAAAGGGUGUGCCCAAUGACGAGAUGAAUGACCUGCUGGCCCGACUGACCUUUGAUACUUCUCAUACUCCAGGGUUGGAUACGGCUGGGAUGUGGAGUAUGGACCGUUUCAUUGAUCUUAUCAUGGGAGAGAUACCGCGAUUAAGAGAUAAUCCAGAGGGUUAUGGGCCCAAUGGCAAAGGGUUCAUUGCCCACGUGGAUAUACCACAUCAUGUUGAAGAAGCAUGGCAAGUUCUCAAGGGCGCUGUACAGAUACGGAGCGAGCGAUGA